AUGGCUGAUGAACAUUGGAAUAAUGCUAAUGUUGGUCAUGCCUCAGACCCUUCCACGCCACAUCCAGCUCCGACACGACCAUCGCAGCCAAAGAUCCAACAACCCACGCCGCAGGCGCUCGCCAGCAGAAGUGGCCCUUCCGCGAUUCUCGUUUCAACCAGACAAAAGGGCAAUCCAAUCCUGAAUCACAUCAAGUUACUGCCAUGGGAGUACGUAGAUACUCCUGCGGACUAUGUGCUGGGAGGUACUACCUGUGCGUUGUUCCUGUCGCUGAAGUACCACCGGCUCCACCCUGAGUACAUCUACUCUCGAAUCCGGUUGUUGGCAGGAAAAUAUCUACUCCGGAUCCUCCUGAUUAUGGUCGAUAUACCGAAUCAUGAAGAUAGCUUGAAAGAGCUAUCAAAGACGUCGAUCAUUAAUAAUCUCACGCUGGUUCUUUGUUGGUCGGCGCCUGAAGCUGCUCACUACUUAGAAUUGUUCAAGUCUUCGGAAAAUUCUCAGCCAACGGCAAUCCGCACGCAGCAGGCCCAAUCAUAUAAAGAGUCGUUGGUUGAGUUUGUCACGGCACCUAGAAGCAUCAACAAGUCUGACGCCGCAAGUCUUAUAUCUACCUUUGGAAGCUUACAGAAUGCAAUCAACGCACAGCCGGAGCAGAUUAGCUCAGUACCCGGUUGGGGCGAAAAAAAAGUUCGACAGUGGUGCAAUGCCGUGAGGGAAGACUUCAGGGUCGAAUCAACCAAGAAAGCAGCAGCUCCUAAAAGGAACAAUUCGUACAGAGAGACGGGGCUUUUGGAUCAGAAUGCCUUGACUUUAUCAGGAUCUACAUAUAUUCACGCUCCUCUCGAGGACAAUAUGGAAUUGGAAAAACCAGAAGGGGAUUUGGCACAGAUGCUGGAAUGCAAUCCAGAACCCCGUCAAGCGGACGAAACAAACCAAAAAGGAGACAUGAGUGAAGGCAUAAUGGCAGCGCUGGCAAAACUUCGAGAAAAUGGUGGCUGA